GGGCAUCGCGGAGACACUUUGCAAGUCCUGGGCCAUCCCGCGUGUCAGCAGGCUUACAAAAGAUUACUGCGAUUGGGUUCAGACAGGUUCGCUCGUCUUAGUACAGCCGUCAGAAAUGGAGACAUAGAUUGCCCAUUGGAUUUGCGCUACUCUACUCGUGAGUUCACAGCUUGGACUGACAAGAGGCAAAUAGUUCAUGACUUUCUACAUGAACUUCACACGACACUGGCCGAGCCAAUGCCGGAGUCGAGGUGCUGCUCAAAGCGGCCACGACUCAUCAAGAAGCGUGAUGACAAGAUCAUUCAAAGGGCUACGGGCAUGGUAGAGAAGGCGCUGCCACCUGGGUCGUUCUGUGAAUAUUUGGCCAUGCUACGCAGUAAGCAUCCUGGCCUAAAAUGCAGUUACAAGCUCUUCACCACAGCUGCGGCCUCAGAAUUCGCCAGGAUGAUCCGCCCCAAGCUGACCGCUACGGCAAUCAUUUGCCAUGGGCGUGAUACUAUGGUUCACCUUUCCGUGCCAGGUGUUCAUUCUGACAGUUCCCACUCCAUUGAGCUGAUUGCCAGAAUGUUGGAAAGGCUCAGGGAGCGCAAUGUGGAUGGCUGCGGACCAGAGCUCCUGAUCCAAGGAGACAAUGGACCGAAGGAGAUCAAGAACAAUGCCCUGGUCAGGUACUUGUCCAUGCUCGUAUGCCACGGAAAGUUGAGACGUGCGGAAAUACACGAGGGCAUUGGUUCUCUGAUUGCAAAUUUUGCCAAGCUGCCAAGCUGUUGGAGCAGGAUUGUCAGCACACUCCCUUCGAUUACAUCGACGCUUUGUCCGCUUACCUUGGCCGUGGUGAUGUCAGACCAAACGAACCUCACUUCCAGAUGGCUAUGGUGGACCGAGUCCGUGACUGGAAUCUAG